AUGGAUUCUGAAGAUAUUGGCCUUUAUAGAUCAAAUAAUUUGGAAAAAGAAAAACCAUUUCUUGUGCGUGAAAAUGUAGCAUUUUCCGUUCUUCAUGAAGAAGAUUAUGUUUUAAAAAAACGCACAUAUCAACAACAAUAUGCAAAUAUGUAUUUUCUACGUCUUGUUCAUAUUAGACCGAAGAUUGUUCAUCAAGCACAACAAAAUUGGGGAGAUAUGGUUAUUAAAGACUGGAAGGUUAAACGUGCAAGUCGUUUAUUAGAUAUUGUUCAUGGAGAAAUAUGUUGGAUUGUUGGGACGGUUUACGUUGAUGCACCUCUAAAACCUAAUAUUUUAGAUGAUAUUAAAAAAGAUUAUUGGAUGGUUGGACCUAAAAAUGAAAAAUAUAUUGAUUCUACAAAUAGCAAUGUAAUAUUAGAAGACGAAUAUGGAAGGAUUCGUCUUGUAGGGUCAAAAAUAUUACAAGAAUUUUUAGUUACAGGCUGUGUUAUUGGCGCUUUAGGAUUUGAAAUUCAAAAUGGAAAUUUUGAAGUUAUUGAUCUUUGUUUUCCUGAAUUACCUAAUCAAAUUUCUUUACCAAAUAGAAAUAAUACCGACACUCAUAAAUAUGUUGCUUUGGUUUCUGGACUUAAUAUAACAGAUAAAACAUCUAACUUAUUGCCACUUUUUCUUCUUGCAGAGUAUUUAAAUGGAGGAAUUGGGCAUCAAGUGGAUCGAGUAGCUAGUUCUCAAAUAGUUCAAUUUAUUAUUGCCGGAAAUUCUAUAGCUUUAUCAGAAACUGAAAAUACAUUAACUAAUAAAAAAAAACCAUUUAAUGCCUUUAUAUAUAAUUCUAAACCAGCAGAAAUGUUCGAUAUAUUUCUCUCAAACAUAUGUGCUACAACUUCAGUGAUACUUAUGCCAGGUGAAUCCGAUCCAUCAAAUACUUUGUUGCCUCAACAACCAAUUCAUUUUUCAUUUAUUCCAAAUGCUAAACAUUAUUAUGGAUCUACGUUAAAAACUUCUACGAAUCCAAUGUGGUUAGAAAUUGAUGGAGUGAAAUUUCUUGGGUCAAGUGGGCAAACGAUUAAUGAUAUAUAUAAAUAUACGAAUAAACAUAAUAAACUAUCAAUUAUGGAAUACACAUUAAGAUGGCAGCAUUGUGCACCAACUGCUCCUGAUACUUUAUGGUGCUAUCCAUUCUUAGAAAAAGAUCCUUUUAUUUUAUCAGAAACACCGCAUGUAUAUUUUGUCGGAAACCAAGAAGAAUUUAAUACUAAAUUUAUUGAAGGGGAAAAUGGGCAAAUCAUACGUUUAAUUAUGCUUCCAGUAUUUAGUAAAACUGACACGAUUGUUUUAUUAAAUCUUUCAACACUUGAAUGUGAAGAAGUUAAAUUCGGUAUUCAUGAUAAAAUAAGUAUCUAA